AUGGUGAGAGGCCCAUACACCGGCCCGCACGCCGGGCGGGGACAGCCGGGAGCCGGGCGCGCCGAAGAGACGCCGGAGCGCGGCGGGGACGCGCGGGCGCCGAGCGGGGAGGCGCGGGAUGGCGCGGCCGGGGGGGCGCCCGGGCCGGCGAGAGGGAGAAGGAGAACGACGAAGGGGCGGGGAGGCCCGCUGAAACCGAGGAGCCGCCGGGAGCCGGGCAGGGACGCGCCGCCGCCGUUGCCGUUGCUACCAAAACAGUCUGAGGCGGAGGGAGGCGAGCGCUGCCCGGAGGGAGGGGGGCCGGGGCCGGGCGGGGGAGGGGCGGCGGAGGGAUACGGGCCCGGAGCCGCGCCGCCGCCGCCGCCCCGCCCGCCCCGCCGCGCCGGCCGCGGGAGCGAGCGCCGCCCGGGCCACCUGGCCGCGGCGAAGCGGCGUGGCUCGAUGGCCGCUGCGGGGCCCCGAGGAGCUGCGGCCGCCGAGCGCAUCGGGGGUCGGGCACACAGAGACGCCGCGUGGCGACGCCGGGUGGGCGCGGUGGUGCGGGAAGGGGACUCUUUACCGGAAGUCGGAAGGGUCGGACGGAAGCAGAACGUGAGACGACCCCGGGGCCGGGAGGGACACGUGAGGAGCGGGCGCCGCGCUGGGCCGCAUUCGCGGGGGUCGGGUGAGGGCCCGGCGGCCGGCCCGGCCCAGAUCCGCCCUCCUCGAGGCGGGUCUGCCCUUCGGGAGGGCGUGUCUGUCUUCGCCCUCGGGGCCGGCCUAGUCUAGAGGACGGGAGGGAAGUGUUUCUUCCCCGCCCCCCCAGUAAUCUUUCAGUGUUUUCAGACUGCUGGGAGAGUCCGUGUUUACCCCCACCUGAUGCAACCUCCAGCAUGGACUGCGAGUCCUUUCAGGGCGGAGACUGUCUUGCUACGUGGAGAGAUGAACGUGCGAGGAUGACCCCCGCAGUGCUGUUUGGAACAGAGAACAGAAGCCCCAUCAGCAGGGAGCAGUCAGAUGCCUCAUAGAGUAUCCUAAACGCAGCAGAAGAUGCAAUAUUCUCAGCUGUUCAGUGAGAAAGAGGCAGAGCUUCACACUGAUCCAAAAGGAUCUUUAAAACCUGUUGUUUAAAAAAAGAAAAAAAACAAAACAGGUAACCAUGGGAGGCGACAGAUACUAAUUCACUGGAUUAUGGGAACCAUUUCACAGUGUCUACAUAGAUCAAACCAUCACCUUGUCUACUUUAAAUAUAUUGCUUUUUAUUUGCCAAUUAUUCUUCAG